AUGGCACCCGGUCCUCUUAGAAGAAAACCUUUAGGGGUCGAUGUACCCCGCACGCCUGUCCUGGAAUCGCCGCCUCCCAUUGCCGCCUUAUUCGUGAUCCGCUUCGACAUCAAGGCCGGCUAUGUGGUAUCCUGGAAGCGCACAGUCCCCGGAGCUGAGGUUGAAGGAAUCGUCGAAUACAAAUCACUACCGUCUGGCCUACACAAUGUUUCAGAAGACCUAGUGUAUUUCGUGCACGAACAAUAUGCUGGUAUCAGCGCUUUCAUCAACCAGCCCGCAGAAGAAGCUGAGCGAAAUGCGAAGAUGUUUUCUGUUGGUGUCCUAGUACCAUUGAGCUCCGGAAGGCUAGGUAAAAGCUGGCGACAUGCCCCGAAACUCAGAGAAUUGGCGCAAAUCUAUGCCCUAGACAUGUCUCAUACAGAACCGCUAUUGAAGUACUGGGAAACUUAUGAGAUCCGCGAUAGCGACUUAUCCGGCGUGCCUCCGGAUUCUCCUUUGGAAUCUCCUCUCAGCCUUCGCUUGAGGGCGCACGGAGAGCGACCGGACCACUCACUUAGAAACCGCACAUUCAGCGACGCUAUUGUGCUGGAAACGCCCAGGCCGGCCCUGACGCCUUUCCAUCCAGCUUCAUCCCUUCCUGAAUUCCUUGAUUGUUUUGGGCCCCUCAUAUACCCAUUGUAUAGAGCAACAUUACUCCGCAAGAAAAUACUUUUCAUGGCCGAAGCACCCGUUCAUAUGCCUUGUAACUACGUAUACGAUCUAUCUUUGCUAGCUUCCUUACCUAAUUCACUUGUUCCUUUGCUCCCGUCGACCGGCAUACCUAGUCUGCGGCCGCGGCCGCUAUUCAACGUUGGCAUUCAUGAUAUCCCGUAUCUUUCUUCUUUUGCAGGUGUCCCCGCCAACACCCAGCCAGAUGCUUCUUGGAUUGCCUGUAGCACAGAUAGCGUGCUAACCAUCAAGUCUGAGCUCUUCGAUGUACUUGUUACGUUGCCUCCGCCUUAUUCUAAGGACGCAGCCGAGAAAGUAUUUCCAAAGAUAUCCAUAUUGCCGACAUCAACCGUGAAACACAACACACCUCAAGCGGUCCAGUUAAAGGCAACACAGCGGGAUGCGCGCCGCUAUGCCACGCUUCGCAAGGGCUUGCGUCAAGUUUCCUCGAGCGACGAUGGCCAAUCUGGCGAGGAGGACGAUUCUGAUGCUGCGUCAACAUACUCAUCCAGCCCCAUUGUUGAGCCCAUAUCUUGGACCCGGCUAGCGUACACCUCCUUUAUCUGGUGGGCAUCGGCUGGUGAGAAGCGUGAUGGGUUAUCAGAAGAGGAGGAGGAAGAACAUCAGAUCCAACAAGAUACUCAGCUUUUAGCGAGUGUGGAACAUCCAGCUAGCCCGCCUUCUGGAUCUGUCGGCCGUAGUAGCUUGCAACCAUCAGAAACCUCUUACGAACCUCCUGAAAUUGCCGUUGUGGCAUACUUCCGUCGUAUGACCACACAGAUCUUCGUCACCUUAUCCGAUGCCAUCGCUCGACACGACAGUCAGAAUGCGCCGGACGAAGAAGUGGAGCCUAAUGAUGAUGAUCAUAUUCCUUACGAAGACGAUCCGGGUGAUGACCUAGAACCCCCUGUCACCAUAGGCCGCCAAUCUACUCAAGAAGAUGAUAGGUCUCCAUUACUUCAAGAGGAGGCUUCCAGCUCUCCACAUAGCGAUGACAAACCAAUCAAGAUCACUACAGAAGACAUGGCUGAGAUGGGUCUUGACGUCUGGAGUGCGGCAGACCGUAUUUUUGUCAAGGAGCUGGUCCGCUGUUGGUGGAAUCGCAAGGCAUAUGUGGACAGUGCUCGUGUACGCUGCUGUGGGAUUUCCAUUCUUUGA